AUGGACUUUGCAUUUGGAGAUGCCGAGUUUGGAGACGCUUCUUUCGCAUCCUUCAGUGGCGAGAAUUCCUUUGAGGUGCCUGGUGAUGGCUCCUUUGAGGUCAGCUUCAGCAAUGAGCCUCCUGAGUCUCGAACAUUUCCUGUCUUUGCAGAUCAAGUAGCAAAUGCCUCCAAGUCAAGGCAGGAUGCCUUGGACUCAUGGGAAGAUUUCCCUCAUGAUGAAGUAUUUGAAGCAAUGCAAGCCCCGGCCAGACAAGAACUCAGCUCAGAGAUGGAGGAUUCUGCUUACUGUAGACACUGUGGCAGAGGAGCAAACUUUUCUGCGCCCAACACCGCUGGCAGCCAACCCAAUCGAUCAACGCACGAAGUCAACGGGGAAAACUUAGAUCUGCAAAAGUGGAAUCCAUUGAAUGGCAUCAAGCGACAUUGGGCUCCCAGCCACGCUGAAUUCCAGCAGCUUGUUGGUGGUGCUGCCACGGCUGCUUUGUCAUCCGGCACACACCCGGCAUCUUUGCAGAUGCUUGGAAGCCUCAAUGAAGCACAGAAAGCGGAACUCCGAGCCCAGGAUCUAAGGAAGAAGAUUGCUCAUUUGGAGUCAACCAUUGGAGACCACAGAGACCACAGUGGGGGCCAUGUGACCAUAACCGCUCCUUUGUGCCAUGAUGGUUUGGGCAUUGUCUUGCAUGACCUCACCGUCACUCAGAUCAUUGACCCCAUAGCUGCGCAAGCCGGUUGGGCGGUUGGCGACAGCAUUUUGAAGGUGAACGGAACAACGAUUCUACACUCUGUGCAGCUUUCUGGUGAACUUGCAAAGGCAAUGAGCGCGCAUCGGGCAGUUGGACGACCCAUGGUUGUUGAGGUUGAGAACAUUUGCCAGCGCUUAAGUGAAGAAUGGCAGCAACCUCCCUUGAUAGCGCUCCUGCUGCCAUCAACAGCUGGGGGAUCAGCUUGGCAAGCCUUGGAGAGUCUGUCAGAGAAAGUGGUGAUUGAAGGCUUUGCUGAGACCACAUACUGCGGAGCUGAUGUAUGUCUAUGGGUGUUGAGGUGGGCCUGCGAGAAUACAAGGACAGACCCCCCGGCCAUAACCUUGGAAAUCUUUGCUUCGUAUGUCACCGCCGCAAUGGCCAAGUUUCAUCCUCGAGACUCUGGGCCUUUCCUGUGGCCGCUGCAUGACAAAGACAUAGCGUCUGCGAUUGCAAUGUGUGAGUAUGUUGGAGGGGAUGCCCCAUGGUGGAGAAAAGUCUUAUGGGGACUGCGGAUUGUGCAGCCACCAGGCGGGACAGUGCUAGAAGAGUGCAUAUUGGAUCACUAUGGCCGGGAGGUCGGCUAUGUGUUUGCAUGGGCAAACUUGUUUACCCGCAGCUUGUGGGUGUUAACGAUCCUAUGCUUAUUCUUUUACAUUUGUGGGGCUCGAGCGCAGCUUGGGGGGGUUCCAGGGCGUGCUGUGGUAUGUCAUGCAAUUCUGCAUCCUUUGCUGGGCCAUAUGUUUGAACGCUUUGGCUGGGUCAAGAAAAUCUGUGUUGAGAAGUGGCGGCGGUGGUGGUUUCACAAAUUUUCGCGCUGCCCAGCUGAUACAGAAAGGACACCAGAGGGACAUGUUUUUUCAAUGUUGCGCCCUUGA